AGGAAACGAGCCUUCUCUCAACUUUCGUUUCUCUCGAAAGACCUUUUUAGACCCGACAGUCGGACGGAGGCAAUGUCAGUAGUUGACCCCCCCCGUCUUCAUCCGCGAACCGAGACUUACCGGCCUCAGGAUUGUCCUGUCCUGGGUCAAAGAACGGCGGCGAUAAUCGCGUGUGCAGAAACGGACUUAGCUACUAGAUCUAUGUCCAGAAUUGAACAUCAACGCAAGUACAUGUGAGAGCCGAACAUUUUCAAAUCAGAUGAGUACUUGAUUGGAGUUGAUUGGUCGGGUAAUUGAAAUGUCCUACGGUCGUACUUGCCUAUGGGCGCGAUAUAAAUCCGGGUGAUACAAAAAGUUGGCCCAGUUUCCGUUGCACUGUCGCCUCCAUAACACCACAUUAUUUCGUUCACCAGCCCCCGUCUCAUGCCCCGCCAUUCAAAUUCUUCGCACAUGUCUCAAAUAACUGAUAGCGACGUAUCUUUGAUCACCCCCAUCUCCCCUUCAAAUUCACCUUGGGACCAGUGUCCCCCAUCAUACCCUGGAAAUGCAAUGAACACCAUUGGUUGGAGUUACUACCCUUUGCCACCCUCCCCGCCCAUCUCUGUCGGCUCAAACGCCACUGACUCUCCUGGACCUGCGUCCAAGAUGCUUAGUACCCUUACAACUCCUGACUCUGCCCGAGAGAAGGAGCAACAAUUGUGUUUGCCGACACAUCAAGUAUUUGACUUCCCUGAGAUGCCGAUUGUAUCGUCACCUUCACCAUCCGUUUCUCCACCGCCCUCAAAGUCCUCUCAACCGUCCAUUUCGAUUGACACUCACAUGCACACCGAAGGGCUAUCUUCCCUCCCUAUCGCAGGCCCUUCGAAGAGACCACGAACCGGCGGAGAGCGUAUCACUACCAAAGACUUUGUGCCACCUGAUGUAUCGGGCCUGAGCAAACGCGAAGCACGUCUGGUUAAGAACCGCGCCGCUGCUUUUCUCAGUCGCCAGCGGAAGCGGGAAGAAUUCGAGGCUAUGGAGAUUCGCGUCAAGGAUUUGGAAGAAGAUAAUGCCCGCCUUCAAACUGCUGCCAAAAGAGGACACGCCUAUGAUGAGUUGCUCUCGGAAAUAGAACAAUUGCGCACUCGCCUUUCUGCAUCCGAAAAAAGGGGGCGCGAGCUCAAGGCCGAACUUUCAAGAAGGUCGAUGAGUGACAUCCAUGUGAAGACAGAGAGUUACGAACAUUCUUUGACUCCGGUCUCACCGUCUGCCUCGCUUCCGACACACUCCCACCCGAGGUCUGGAGCAAGUCUCGGCCUGAUGCAGGUCCUCCUGUGCACGCUACCGUCGCUUCUUUCCAUGUCUCCUAGAUCGCUUCCCACCACAUACUUCAUUCCCUUGUCGGAUCCCUCGGUUCUACACCCCUCUUGCAACUUCGACUACAGCUCCAUCAUGCCAAGCGAUUUUGAGUGGGCACCACAUCCUGAGGGGGGAGCAGUGAUGAACCUUGGUUUUGGCGAUCUCGGAAAGCUUUCUUCGAGCGCUGGUUCUUCGUCCCCUCGCAAAGUCGAGAUCCAUUCCGAGGCCAUUAGGGCUCUUGGGGGAUUCGAAAUUUCCUUUGAUGCCAGUCCAGUCAACGACGGAAAAAUCCAGGUUCGGAUCCACCCUUCCCAAUCACAUCACGUCAACCGGGAUCCCCAACGUGCGCCCCCAUCUUCAGUCCCCAUGUGGUUCGAAUCAGCACCGAAUAACUACGGCCCUGCCUUCUCAGCUGCUCUGACAUUUGCCGCCUCGUCGGCACCGGGAUCCUCUUUCGUGCCGUUGACCAGCGAUUUUGACUUGGAUCCCUUUCUGAGCGGAGUCCAUGACUCAGGAAUGCCGUAUGGCAGUGGUGGACCGGCGUUCGGCCAUCAUCCGUCGGACGCCACAUUUGAGCACAUGCCAGGGUUUAUGAAUGGCCCUCGCAGCGACUUCUCCAAACACCGUGGGCGAGUUGCCAUGAGGCACCUACCAUCUGUCGGGAUGGAAGGAGAGUGGGAGGUCCCAGCCUGCUAAACCCUACUACAGUUCGUCGACCGCGUUACGCGAUGACCCUUUCUUAGGUACUUUCAUUUACUUGCAUUCACCGGCAGCAUGCUUUGAUUGAAGUUACAUGGAUAAACCGCAUUGGAAUUUAUAUCACUAGUAUCUCUACUUUACUCGCUUGGGCUGGCCUUGAAGCAAUUGCUCACAUUAUUCGUUUAAAAACAUGUUGAAUGUAUAGUUUUGCCUAGGCUUAGCAAGUAUGGAAUUAAGUCACACUCGGGGGCGUGCUAAGGUUACCUCGCCUCAGCUUCCUUCCUUUUGCAGACAUUUCGCAAAUCAUUCA